AUGCCUGCCGCAGACAAUGCUUCUAUUCGGCCUAGAUUUACGUCAAUCAUAAACAUAUCAAGCUGGUCCCAACAUGAAAAAAUUCCGGAAAGUUCUCUCCCACCCCGUAUCGUCGUCGACGAAGAACCGGGUCGUACGGGCGCCAUCGUCGUUGCGCGCCGCCACCACUUAGCCACGAUCCGUCAUCGGCCACGAUGCGGGUAUAUGUAUGUGGAUACGGUACGUGACGAUGGGUGA